GCCUGGCAGAGCCGCUGCAGGUCCCCGGCUACGGCCUCGUUGGGCGCUGUUGCGGAGCGCUCCCGGCCCGCCGGAGCUGGCAGGCUGCGGGAAGGACUCCCUUGUCCCGAGGCAGGACUCCGAGCUCCCCGUUCUCCGCACCGUGAACUAUUCCCCGUUCUCUGGGCUUUGUGGAGCUUUCUUAGUUGCCUUCCUGCUCGUGUUGCGUGGUGUUGAAGUGAAGGGCAGUAGCCUUCCUGCCCCACUAAGCCACAGUGGAUCACAACGAACGAUAGCUGCCGUCUCUUCCAACCGCACUGGGAAAUUUGGAGAGCGACCUCAACCGAAACGGCUCACCAGGGAAGCAAUGCGAAAUUACCUUAAGGAGCGAGGCGAUCAAACAGUACUAAUACUCCAUGCAAAAGUUGCUCAGAAAUCAUAUGGAAACGAAAAAAGGUUCUUUUGUCCCCCUCCAUGUGUGUAUCUUAUGGGCAGUGGAUGGAAGAAAAAAAAAGAGCAAAUGGAACGGGAUGGUUGCACUGAGCAAGAGUCACAACCCUGCGCCUUCAUUGGAAUAGGAAACAGUGACCAAGAAAUGCAGCAGCUGAACUUGGAAGGAAAGAAUUAUUGCACUGCCAAAACGUUAUACAUAUCAGAUUCAGACAAGAGAAAGCACUUCAUGCUAUCAGUAAAAAUGUUCUAUGGCAAUAGUGAUGACAUCGGUGUGUUCCUCAGUAAACGAAUCAAAGUCAUCUCCAAGCCUUCUAAAAAGAAGCAGUCGCUGAAAAAUGCAGACUUAUGUAUUGCAUCAGGGACAAAAGUGGCACUAUUUAAUAGACUUCGAUCCCAAACAGUUAGCACCAGAUAUUUGCACGUAGAAGGCGGUAAUUUCCAUGCCAGUUCACAACAGUGGGGAGCAUUUUACAUUCACCUCUUGGAUGAUGAUGAAUCGGAAGGAGAAGAAUUCACGGUGAGAGAUGGCUACAUUCAUUAUGGGCAGACUGUCAAACUUGUAUGCUCCGUUACUGGCAUGGCACUCCCAAGACUGAUAAUUCGAAAAGUAGAUAAGCAAACAGCAUUAUUGGAUGCAGAUGAUCCAGUAUCACAGCUCCAUAAAUGUGCAUUUUACCUUAAAGACACUGAGAGAAUGUAUUUGUGCCUUUCCCAGGAGAGAAUAAUCCAAUUUCAAGCCACUCCAUGCCCAAAAGAACCAAAUAAAGAAAUGAUUAAUGAUGGAGCUUCUUGGACAAUCAUUAGCACAGAUAAAGCAGAGUACACAUUUUAUGAGGGGAUGGGACCUGUCCAUGCUCCAGUGACACCUGUGCCUGUUGUAGAAAGUCUUCAAUUGAAUGGCGGCGGGGAUGUAGCAAUGUUGGAACUUACAGGACAGAAUUUCACUCCAAAUUUACGUGUCUGGUUUGGGGAUGUGGAAGCUGAAACUAUGUACAGAUGUGCAGAGAGCAUGCUAUGUGUUGUUCCAGAUAUUUCUGCAUUUCGAGAGGGUUGGAGGUGGGUCCGUCAACCAGUCCAAGUUCCAGUAACUUUGGUCCGUAACGAUGGCAUAAUUUACUCCACCAGCCUUACCUUUACAUACACACCAGAACCAGGGCCACGACCACACUGCAGUGCUGCUGGAGCAAUCCUCAGAGCCAACUCAAGCCUCAUGGCUUCCAGUGAAACAAAUGCAAACAGCGAGGGAAGUUACACAAAUGUCAGCACAAAUCCAACCAACGUCACAUCAUCUACAGCAACUGUAGUUUCCUAACUACCGUUGUUUGUUUGGACUCUAACUGACUUUUAAUGCUACGUUCAAGAGAACUGAACAAUUUUUGUGGUUUCAUGGGAAAACACCUUUCCAUUUUAGAUGAUGGUAUUUCGAACCUGGUUACCUGCAAGUGCUAAUCUUAAACAUAGAAGCCACAAUAAAAAAAAAAACAAAAAAACAAACAUCCAAAACAUAAGAACUUUAUUGAAAAUCUAUUUUUCAGCUGUUUUUUUUUUUUAAUGGGCAAGAAAUAAAAAUGUGGCUGGGAUACAUGUUGAGCAAACUAGAAAACAUGAACACAACAUAGUUUUUAUGGACCAAGGAACUUGUAUAAGCUUUAGUAUAAAAGGUACAUUUUCACCAUACCUUUUUUGUAUCACAACAUAUAGUACACUUUUGUUACCAAAUAGUUUAUAUUUUUUGUUCUCUGAGCUUUUGCUCCGAAGUAUAUUCAGGUUCCAAGCCUGACCAUGCUUGUAUAAUCUAAUUACCAUACUCUUCCAGUUUUAAAAAAAAGUAUAUAUAUUUUUGGUCUGUGGCUGGAACUGUUCCUUUUUUUAAACUGAAGUCUUGUGACUUUUUAUGAACUGAAAUUGUUUUUAUUUCAGCAAGUAGAACCUUGUAAAGGCCAGCAUAUUUUUUUUAAGAUUAUAUGAAGUCUGUGCAAAAGCUUUAAAAAAUGCCUCUGCCUUGCCUGCAAUACAUGCAAUGUAUGUUAACUUUAGUGCUCUGUUUUCAGUCAUUGUUAAUAGUUAUUUCUGUUUUCCUUUUUUUAAAUAUAUAUUUAUAGUGAUAAUUCAUGAGGUUCUAACAUUACAUGAGUUUUGUUUUUUUUAAAGGUGACAUCUCAAGCAGUCAUGUUAAUGAUUGUUCAUGUCACAGGCAUACGUUGGUGUUUUUGAAGGGUUGUUACUGGGUUACUCUCCCUCUUUCUUUCACAGUCAUAUUGCAUCUGAAAAUGUUUCAGAAUCUGUUCAGGUUUUUCUAUUCUUGUACAUAAUUUGUAUUAAGUGUAAGUUAAAUGUUUUAUUUCAAAAGUGGAAUGUUCCCAAUAACUUCAUUUGGCAGCAUGUCUUCUGUCUUGUUGGCAUGUAACUAAAAUACCAUGAGAAGUAUAUGCUACAAAUAGGAUUGGUAGGUGAUGCCCUUGAUGGCUAAGAGUCACAACAAGCAUGUUUUUCUUCCUAGUGUUUGGUAAAUUAGGCCAAACUUAAGUGUAACACUUGUACUGAGAACGUGCUUUCAUUGUGAGGUGAUCAUACCAUAAUAACUAAAGUAAAUUUUAUUACUUAGGAAUGGGCAAAUAGAAAAUCAUAAAAGCACUAUGAAGAUGUCAACUCCUCCCAUCCUUAUUUCCUAUGGGUUUCUCUUUCCCUGCCAACAGCUUGUGCAACAUUCAAGUCUUCUCUCCAUCAUAAAUUUAAGGCUCAUUUGCACUUUGACUUUGUUGGUUGUUGUGUUUGUUUUUCAUUUUGACUUUGCUGUGUUUUAGCUCUCCUUGCAGACCUGCCUGUUUCGUCUGUAAUUGAAAAUAUAUCCCACUAGUUCAUUCAUAGUCACAGAACUAGGCAUAGAAUCGUAGGACAAGUUCUGAUAGCGUGAUCUUGAAAUGCCAAAAUAUGAAUUUUAUGGUGUGUUCAGCCUUUUUUAUUCCCUGAAGCAUGAGCCACAACUGCUGUGUAAAUGUGAACCUGUGGCUUCCUACACUGCGUUGCUUUCAAGCUUACCUGUUGACCAUUUUCAUAGGGUUUUUAUUUCUGACCACUUAACUCCAGUUCCUACACCCACCAACAUUUUAAAGCAUUUUCACUGCACCAUAUUUGUGUACUCCGACGCUCCAUUUUACCUGUUUGUUUUAGUGCUCCACUGUGAGAACAGUGUGGUUAAAAGAGGAAAUUGGUUGUAAAACAUAUUUAGCUGAUAGUUUAAAUCAGUGCCACUGUCCUUCUGAAACGUGCUUGUAUCCUACCACAGGCCUUCAUAUUUGCUCUGCUGUAUUAUGAAACAGACUCCCAUGACAUAGUCACAAUGCUGGUCCUUAGCACUAGUGGAUACUGCCUCACCUCAUCUCUGUUUCAGUGACCAAGGGCAGAAUUCAUUGUGGCCUUAUCUCUGUUUUGAACUGUUUACUGGCAUUUACUUGCAGAUCUGUUUACUUGUGUAUAUGGUAUAAAGCUUCAUGUUAGUCUUGUUGUGGCAGGAAUCAUUUCACAGUGUUUUUGUUUGAAGCACAUAAGUAUCUUACAGCACUGUUUAAUUCAGAAGCCACAGAUUUUCAUCGCUAAUUAGACUGAGAGUUGAAGUGGUGCAUAUAUUGAAUUCAGAAGGGUAUCCAAGAACAAACCACGAUAUACACACAAUAGGCAAACCAUAGUGAGUCUUUUGACCUUCAGAGGAUACUUUAAACAGCGUUUCAGAACUUGACACCUGCUUUUGUACUCAUUGUUUUAAAAUUUCUACAUGUAAAUGCAAUACUUUUUAUAUUCAGUUUAUUUGCAAUAAUUUUGCCCAAUAGGUAUAUUCCUUGACUUGUAAAGAACCUAACGACCUAGCCUUAUUUCUGCUGUUCUACACACUACAGCUGUCUGGGUGAAAAACAGAUUACUAAGUUGUGCUUACAAGACCAUUUAAAACCCCAUUUUUCCUUUGGGCUUGUGGCACUGUUUUUGCCAGUAGUUACUUUGUAGUACAGAAAUGGUCUUCCAAGUCCUUACUGUUGUUCAGAUGUCCUGUUGUUCAGACAUAUAAUCCUCCUGAACUUUUUCCUGUUUGGGGUGUUACUGUUACAUUUAUUGGCCUUGUGAGCUUUUAACCAAUUUUCAUGAUAUUCACAAUAUCUCAACGUUUUGAUACAACUACUUUUAGAAUGUUUCAGUAUGAAACAAUUAUAAUUGUUCAAGUCUAGCUGUGAAGUCUGCUGUUAAUUCUGUAUACAUAGAAACUGAGUCUGUGUUCAGAAUGUUGUUAUAGUUCCGACUGUAGGAUGAAGAAGCAAAUUAAGUGCUCAGAUUUAGCUCUGCCUUUUCUUGUUUUCUUUUGUUUGGAACUGCAUUUCAGAAUUCAACACUAGCAUAGUCUUUAAUAACCUGCUGCUGCUGUUUUUCUUUCCUAAUUAUUUGCCCUGAGGGCAUCCCACGAUCAUGUUAGUAAUUCUAUUCUGUACUUCUUUUCAUUGCACAGACUUGUGAGAUCAGAAAGGUUACGUGAAAAGACGUGAACUUAAGUUGUAAAUCUGUGAAUUCCCGUAUACAAAAUAUUAACGCCAAGUAAAACAAAAUAUCUAUGGGAAGUAAACUGCCCACUUGUAGAUUAAGUGACUCCGUAGAGGUGUCCAUCCUGAAACUAGAUGCUCUUCAAUUAUUAACCAUAUUAUUUACUUUAUUUCAAAAGCAGCUGUGUUUAUGAGUACUGAACAAAUGUGUGUACUUGCCUGUGCCAGACUUUUGACUUUGUUUUCAAGCACUGUACUGUGGGAUUGAGUGGCAGCUUUGUUAGAAGAAUUAUAUUAGGGUUUCUACUUAACCCUUUUAAGACUGAACUAUUUCUUUCCUUUAGAGGUUAUAAAGGAGCUGUUCUAACUUUGUAAAUGUUCUAUGUUCCAUGUUGCAUUCGCCCCGUAUGGAGGUGCUAUGCUAAUAUCAUUAAAAAAAUAAUAAUAAUCCUGUAGCAUGUAUAUACAUUCAGUCUUAAAAGGGUUAUUUUUACAAACUGUGCACCUGUAAAGUUUCUUAGCAAUAAGGUAGAAAAAAUGAGCAAGUUUUUACUAUAAUUUUGUAGAGUUAACUGCUCAGUUCCAUAUUUCAUCAAGAAAAAAAAAAAAAACCCUGCAAUAUGGGCAGUUU